AUGCUUUUGAAUCGUUUAUCCGGACAAGAAUCACUUGUCAACCUGGUCGAACCCCUUGCAGAGGCUGGCGUAGCUAAGGUUGCAGCAGCCCUGGUUUCCAGCAUAAUUUGCUAUCGAAUUGUAUAUGCGCUUUUCUUUUCACCCCUCCGCCAUGUUCCAGGUCCAUUUUUUGCACGCAUUACCAGCAUGCGCGCAAACAUCAUUAACCUUUGUGGAGGUAUGAAGCAUGCUGCACAUGCAGACGGUGAGGCGUAUGGCGACAUCUACGUGCUUGAGCCGAAUUCCAUCUCGAUUUCCCACCCGGACGACGUGCGCACAGUGCUGCGCUCGCAUACAUUUGUCAAAUCAAAAUUCUACCAGUCUCUCGAGACCGUCGGAACCCCGCACACCUUUAGCUCAAGCGACCCUGGGUUUGUCAGCAUGCGCCAACGGCAGAUGGGACCGUACUUUCAGCCAUCGUAUUUGAGCCUGAUGGAGCCUAAGAUUCUGCGCUACAGCUGCCUUGCGCUGAAAGAAAAGUGGGGGCGGCUGCUGGACAAGAGUGCGGAUGGCAGGAUUGAGAUAAACUACAGCCGUGACUUCUCACUAAUGGCAUUCGAUGUUAUUGGCGUGCUGGCGUUUGGGCAGGAAUUCAACAGCCUCAAGAACGGCGACGAAACCGCAGCUAAAUGGGUAGACAGCUCGACAAAGUAUCAUGCAAUGCUUGCAAUGUUCCCGGUAACAAAGUACUUUCCAUUCUCGCUUGCCAUUAGGCCUUGGGAGAGCCGGUACCGCGAACUGUCCGAGUUUGGCAAGCAGUCGGUUGCCAAGCGCAGGAAGCACCUGGAGAACGGCGGCGAAAAGCCACAUGACCUUCUGCAGGCGUACGUCGACGCCCUGGAUCCAGAGUCCAAGGUCCGUAUGAGCGACAAUGAAGUCCGGUCUGAGGUCAAUCUGACCUUGCUGGCAGGCGCCGACACUACAUCAACCACGCUGGCAUGGACCGUCUCCCUCCUGAUGCUAUACCCCAAGAUAUAUGCCCAGGCGGUUGACGAGGUUCGUAGCAAAUUCGACACCAACCACGUCAUCACGUUCUCGGAGGCGCAAAGGUCGCUGCCCUUUGUCGAGGCCUGUCUUUUCGAGUCGAUGCGGCUGUGUCCUGUAGUUGGGGGACAGGUGCCGCGAGUAAGUCCUCCCGAAGGCGCUACGCUGCGUGGCCAUUUUAUCCCUCCAGGCACUGAGAUUUACGUCAGCUUCGCCGGGGUUAGCGUAAGCAAGCAUAUCUGGACCGACCCGCUGAAAUAUGACCCGACGCGCUUCCUCAACUCCCCCGAGGCCCGCCGCAAUCUCUUUUCAUUCAGCUACGGCGUCCGCAUAUGUCCUGGCCGCCAUCUGGCUAAGCUGCAGAUGCUUGCUGUUCUGGCAAACAUGCUUAAGGACUAUGACUGGUCGCUGCCCGAUGACUACACCCACCUCGGCCCGCACGUCCUUAACGAGCAUGGCUAUCCUAAACUGAUGAAGUCGAUCCAUCUACUUACCAGUGCACCAGAGCAUCCAGACCGCGACUGCCGCCUCAUUCUUACGAGGCGUAGAUAA